UUUUAUUCAUAUUCAUUUUUACUCACAUUUUGUGUCCUGCCUGUUGCAUUUUUUUUGUCCUCCUGUUUUAACUUUAUCUGAACUAGUUUUGUCUGGCCUAUGUUUGGUAGGACUGUUUGGCUUUCUGUUGUUAUAUUGCUUGCCUGCUUUUGCUUUGCUCGUCAAAGCCCUUUGUAAACUUUGUUUUUAAUUGUGCUAUAUAAAUAAAGUUAUUAUUAUUUCAUUUCUACAGCAAAAGGAUAUAGUUAUAUCACACUAGAUACAAGUCAAGAAACGUUAGACAGUUAUAGGGUUGCAACAGUAUGACAUUUUCACGGUACGUUAACUGACCCAGGUCUCAUGAUAUCACAGUAUUACAAAAUGUAUAAUAUUAUCAGUCAGAACAACACCUAAAGGAGUGAAUGGAAGGGAUAUUGUUGGUUGUACAAAUACCUAUAAUCAAAACAACUUGAAACCAUUUUGAAACCAUUUUGUUAAUAGGAUGGUUUGAUAAUCUUCAACUUUGUAUCAUGGUAUACUACCUGGAAACCUAUCGCUGCAACCCCAGACAAUUACAAAAGGGUUUGGGGCAAUAUGUACACAUGUUCUAAUGUGUCAGUUAAUUGAGAUAGGUGUAAAUGACUUUUCCCCAAAUUGAGAAUAGAUUAAAACAUGCAAGUUACCUGUAUCAGAAUAUGAGGAACAGUAAUUUACAGGCAAACUCUAAUUGUGCAUGUUAUGGUUAGACUAACAGGUGUACAGAAGUUCAUAUACAGUAUAUAAAUGUAUGUAAACAGUGGGAAUUAGUGAGCAGUGUGUGAGUUGUGCUGUACAUGAAGCUAGAUGUGACACUUCCUGUUUCUUACUGUACAGUACCGUGAGAUGCGCAGUGCAUUCUGGGGAUACAAAUAGAGCGCAGAAAGGACAGCGGGGAGCACAAAGGAAUGAAAACAGCACCUCGGAAACUUUCAACCUCAGCCCGCUGUGAUGUGAAUUCAUGUGAGCGCUAAUUAAACUGUGACUUUCGGUGGCUGGCAGGCUGACAACUGCCGGAGAGGCGCAGGGAAUGUGAGUGGACGGAGUGAAGCGGCAGGGCGCACCGCUGUCUCCGACGCUGCUUUUUGUCAGCUGAGCUGUUCGCAUCCCGAGGCCCAGCCGACAUCACGGGCCGCAUCCCACAAGGACCUAUUUCCUGUACACAGUCAUAAAGUGACUCCAACAUGGGGGUCAAAACCUUCACCCACAGCUCGACCUCCCACAGCCAGGAGAUGCUGGAGAAGCUCAACGCUUUGCGCAACGAGGGUCACUUAUGUGAUGUCACCAUUCGGGUCCAAGACAAGCUCUUCCUGGCCCACAAAGUGGUCCUGGCCUGCUGCAGUGAAUUCUUCCGCUCCAAACUGGUGGGCCGGCCAGAGGAGGAGGACAAGUUUGUGUUGGAUCUUCAUCACGUGACCGUCAGUGGCUUCGCUCCCCUGUUGGAAUAUGCUUACACGUCCACCCUCUCAAUCAGCACGGAGAAUAUCAUCGACGUUCUGGCUGCUGCGAGUUACAUGCAGAUGUUUGCUGUUGCUAGCACAUGUUCAGAGUUCAUGAAGUCUAGUAUUCUGUGGGGCCCGGGUAACAACAGCAACAAUAACAAUAUAUCGGCAGACAAACCGCAUGAAUCAGCACCAGAGAGCGCCUCAUCAAACUGUGCCCUGACGCCGUUGGAUGGCAGCGUGUCACCUGUUUCGUCUGACUGCAGCGUGAUGGAGAGAAACGUUCCUAUAUGCCGCGAAUCGCGACGGAAACGCAAAAGCUUUGUGACAAUGGCAUCGCCGGAGAGUCCGCUCAAAUGCACUACACAGAUGGUCACCACCUCCCCUCAGAUCCCCAACCCAUCCCCUUCUUUCUCAGACAGCACAGCCCAGCCCGUGGAGUCCUCCCUGGCCUUCCCAUGGACUUUCCCGUUCGGUAUCGACAGGAGGUUCCACUCAGACAAAUCAAAGCUCCCGGAGAGCCCUCGUUGUUUAGAGCAGGGCACCCCGGGGACCUCGGAGGUGGUAGUCGGCCGGCGGCUCAGUGACUUCCUAACGUGUGAGAGCUCUAAAGCGGUGUCGUCGCCAGUGCCGGCAGAGGAAGAAGAUGUGAGGGUGAAGGUGGAGCGUCUCAGUGAUGAGGAGGUCCAAGAGGCGUCCUCGCAGCCGGUCAGUGCCUCCCAGAGCUCACUGAGUGACCAGCAGACGGUGCCAGGGAGUGAACAGGUCCAGGAGGAGCUCCUCAUCAGUCCACAGUCCUCCUCUAUAGGGUCGAUGGAUGAAGGAGUGUCUGAGGGCUUGCCGUCAAUGCAGAGCACCUCUAACACUGGAGGCCACGCGGAAGACGAUGAAAGGUUAGAAGGUAUUCAGUAUCCAUACCACCUCUAUAUCAGCCCCUCAGCCAGGCCUGGCACCAAUGGCCCCGACAGGCCCUUCCAGUGUCCAACCUGCGGAGUCAGAUUCACACGCAUUCAAAACCUGAAGCAGCACAUGCUGAUACACUCCGGCAUUAAGCCUUUCCAGUGUGACCGCUGUGGGAAAAAGUUCACACGGGCCUACUCCCUAAAGAUGCAUCGGCUGAAGCACGAAGGUAAACGCUGUUUCCGGUGCCAGAUUUGUAGCGCCACAUUCACGUCCUUCGGUGAAUAUAAGCACCACAUGAGGGUCUCCCGACACAUAAUCCGCAAGCCGCGGAUUUACGAGUGCAAAACGUGCGGGGCCAUGUUCACCAACUCUGGCAAUUUAAUUGUACACCUGAGGAGUCUGAACCAUGAGGCAUCCGAACUAGCAAACUACUUCCAGAGCAGUGAUUUCCUCGUGCCCGACUACCUGAGCCAGGUACAGGAAGAGGAGGAGGCGCUGGGAGUCCAGUAUGAGCUAGAGGAGUCCCAACAUCACCCCGUCUACCCGGGCAGCACCUCCACCUCCACCACCACUGCAGCCUCGUCCUCCUCCUCAGUCCAGAUGCCCGUCAUCUCCCAGGUCUCCUCCUCUACCCAGAAUUGCGAGAGUUCCUCCGGCUUCCUUUCACCCGAGCCCCUGGACCCCCUGGAAGCCCCAGCCUCCCUCAAGAUGGACGCCGACGAGAGGGCCGCCAUGACAGAGGAGACCAAGAUGGACACAAGUGUAGGAGGCAGUUCCCCGGAGGUGUUUGAAGAAGAGCAGCAGCAUGCCCAGGCCAAGGAGCUGGCUUCCAUUACCAUCGAGUGAUUCAAGCCUUCUACUUGCCCAUCAUGUCUUAUUUUGCAGUCAUGUCAUAUGGGAAUAUGUGUUGAGACGCCCCAGCGGCUGUAAGGGACAACUCGGAUGCGUGGACAUGUUGAAACCUCAUGUGAAGCCAUCAAGACGCCAAGUUUUCUGAAGACUUCAGUUGCCUUGAUGAUGAUUUUCCACAUGCAACACAGAUUGCACUUAUUGAUUUCUUGUUUUAGAACAAACCAAAUCCAGCAAAGUAAAUGAUACGUUUCUUUGUUUUCUCUGAAAUCAUUUCCCCCGAAACUUGACUGAAGCAAUCUCUCUGUUGGUGCCGUGAGAUUUCAGUAGGUUCGCUCCAACACCAGGCCUGAGUUUCAAAGUGGUAUUUUUCAAGUGAAGCUAGUGAACAGUAUUUUUCAAGAGUCAUUUUUAGGAAGGUUGUUAUUUUUCCCAUAUGACGUGAACGCAGCACUAUCUAAAGUCAUUUCUGUCUUAGCCAAUUUGAGGUCUGUUAAAUCCAAGCCUUGCCCAACUUAUGGAAAGUGCCUGAGAGUUCCCAUUGUAACAAAGCAACGUGUAGAGGAAAAAGAGGUCUUGACUUUGCCAACAGUGACAAAUCAAGUCUUUGCAAACUGAGCUAAAUAUAAAAAAAACAAACAUUGUAUUUCAUUUGUAGUGAUAAUGCUAGUUUGUAUGGGCAGAGACUGUGUUAUUCCUUCAGUGCCGUCGCUAUAGGCAAACUGUUAAAUGUCAAUAUUAUCUAUAUUGCAAUAGCUUGUACUGUAGUUUUACUAUUUGAAUGCUGUGUAUGUUGGGUGUUGUGAAAUAUGAUAUGUCUGGUGUGUGUAUGUGCAUUUCUUUUUAUCUACAUGAACACAGUACAUUUCAUUUUUUAAAUGUUUAAAACUUGAAAUUAUAUUGACAGAGUAUUCCCUUAAGACGUUUGUGCAGUAUAUCAUUUUUCUGACCUAUUACAAGUGAUUUUUUUUUUCUUCUAACUUUUUAAAUGAACACUGUUGUUAAAUCAAACCUCACAUCUCCAAAAAAAACUAAACGCAAGGAGUUUAGUAAAACUUGGAUCAGCACUGAUGCAGCUUUGGUUUCAAAAUCCAACCCAGUAGAUCAUAAAAUAAGACGGAAAUUUAUGUGAUACACACAAAUUUGGAGCGCGGUGGUUUAUUCAGGGUUCCCAUGGUCAUGGAAAACCGUUUCACAAUCCUAUGUUCAAGGCCUGGAAAAGUCGGAAUUAGUACAAAAAUCAUUUAAGGUUUUGGAAAAAACUUUUGGAAUUCAAUUGUUUGUAAUGAAAUUAAUUGUUACAGUAGACAGGUGGAUAUUCUCAUUUAUCCAGGUCAUAGUUAUCUCAAGGCAAUUUAAUUGAACGCAACUGGACUUAGUUUUGUCUUAGAAGACGUUUCACCUCUUCAUCAGUUCAUGCUUGUCUGACUAGGCUGAAACUAGUCUG